GUAUAUACAACCGGUAACCGGUGAAAGAAGAAAAAGGAAACCGAAUAUCAUUUGGCGCCGAAUUCUCAAUGAAAACGGUCGAAAAAAGAGGGUGAAAGUCUUUUUUGUGUUUUGGAUAUCAACAAAAUUGCUGUUAAAAUAUUUUGUUUUACAUUAAUUAUCUAUAAAGUGAAACAAAUACAAGAACAAUGACGGAUUUGCCGUUUUCUGUGGAAUACGCAAAAAGUGGUCGUGCAGGCUGUAAAGGAUGUAAAGAAAAUAUUCCAAAAGAUUCUUUGAGACUUGCUGCUAUUGUUCAGAGUCCUUUCCACGAUGGAAAGAUGCCAAAAUGGUUUCACUCAAAAUGUUUUUUUGCAAAAAAUCGUCCAAAAACAACUGGUGAUAUUGCUCAUUUUGAUAGUAUUCGAUGGGAGGAUCAAAAGUUUAUCAAGGAGCAAAUUGAUGGUAAUGAUUCAGGAGGUGCAGCUGCUUCGGGAAAUUCUAAAGAAAGUAAAUCAAGUAAAUCACGAAAACGAACACUCACUUCAAAUAUUAAUGAUUUUAUGGUGGAAUAUUCAAAAUCAAGUCGUGCUAAAUGUCGUGCUUGCGAGGAGGUUAUAAUUAAAGACGAUGUGAGAAUAUCAAAAAAAGAUUACGAAAGCGAAGAGGGUAGAGCAUACGGUGGAAUUGAUCGUUGGCAUCAUGUUUCUUGUUUUGUUAAAAUAAGAAAUGAACUUGAAUUUUAUGAUGAGGGUUCUUUAAUGCGUGGUUUUAAAAAUUUAUCAGCUGAUGAUCAAAAAAUGUUAAAGACAAGCAUUCCAAAAAUGAAGGACAGCGAAAUUCCCGAUGUUAAGAAAAUUAAAGUUAAAGAUGAACCCGAAGACGCUGCGGAGGAGAAAAAAAUGAAGGAGCAAAAUAAAAAAAUGUUUAAAAUUCGUGAUCAAUUGGCAAAUUAUACGAGGCCAAUUUUAUGUCGAUUAUUGUCUGAGAAUGAACAAUUUGUUCCCGAAGGCACAUCAAGACUUCAAGACAUGUUAGCGGAUGUAAUGACAUUUGGUGCUUUAGAACCGUGCAAAAAAUGUGAUGGACAAUUUAAAUUUAAAUCAGGCGUUGGAUACGAAUGUAAGGGCGACGUUAGCGAAUGGGCCAAAUGCGAGGAAAUUGUUAUCAAUCCAAAGAGAAAGAAAUUUGUCAUUCCUAAAGAUCUUAAAGAAAGCGAUAAAUUUUUGUCUUCAUACAAGUCGAAAGUGGGCCAGAGAAUUGUAAAAAUAACAGCACCAUCUGUAUCGAGUGCUGUUAAAAAAGAAGACGUUACCGAUGGACCAAAAGUCGAUGCUGGACCAAAACCAUUGAAAAAUAUGAUUUUCCUAUUUGCAGGACGUCUUAAGAACGACAAAGAUGAAUUGAAAACGAAAAUUCUUCGUCUAGGCGGUAAAGUUGUGACAAAACUUGACGAUACUGUCACUGCAGUAAUUUCCACUGAGAAUGAAGUGGAAAAAAUGAGUGUUCGUAUCGAAGAGGCAAAAUCAUUUGAUAUUCAUGUGAUUUCCGAGGAUUUUGUCAAUGAAGCCGAGCCAUUGAUCGAUUCUGCCGUUCCUUUAUUACAGCAAAAAAGUAUUUGCACCUGGGGUGGUGAUCCAACAAUAAGAAUUUCAAAAAUAGCCGCUAAAUCAAAUGCAAGUCGCGGUAAAAGUAUGUACGAGAAAAAAUCAAGUUCAGGAAAAGUUAAAUUACGUAUAAAAGGAGGUGGUGCCGUUGAUCCUGACAGUAAACUCGAGGAUGUUGCACACGUUUUUCAACGUGGUAAAGAAAAAUUCAAUGUCAAUUUAGGUAUCACCGAUAUUCAAAGGAAAAAAAAUAGUUAUUAUAAAAUGCAAAUUCUUAAACAUGAUACAAGAGAGAAAUAUUGGCUUCACAGAAGUUGGGGUCGAAUUGGAACAACAAUUGGAGGAACAAAAACAGAUGUUAUGUCCCUUGAGACAUGUAUUCAAACAUUUGAAGAGCUUUAUGAGGAAAAAACUGGUAAUACCUGGGAAAGAAGAGAUAAUUUUGUUAAAGUACCAGGUGCAAUGUAUCCAAUUGAUCUUGAAUACGGUGACGAUGCAGAUAAUGAAAAUCUUUUCCAAUCGGAUCUUAAGAGUAAUUUACAAAAACCCGUUCAGGAUUUAAUUAAAUUAAUAUUCGAUGUUAAAGCAAUGAAACAAGUGAUGAAGGAAUUUGAAAUUGAUACUGAUAAAAUGCCACUUGGUAAAUUGUCGAAAAAACAAAUUGAAAAAGCCUAUGGUGUAUUAACGGAUAUGUUAAAUUUAAUAAAAACAUCAAAUCCAACACGAAUUCAAUUAAUUGAGGCAUCAAAUCGAUUUUAUACACUUGUACCACAUGAUUUUGGUGUUAAUGAACCGACAAUAAUAAGUACCGAGGAGGAAAUUAAGGUAAAAACAGAAAUGUUGGAAUCUCUCAUGGAAAUGGAAAUUGCUUAUAAUUUAUUGAAUAUCAAGACAGAUGAAACUAAACAUCCAAUUGAUGCUCAUUAUGAACAACUUAAAGCCGAUAUUGAUGUUCUUGAUAAAGAGAGUAAAGAAUUUGAUAUUAUUCAACAAUAUGUUAAAAAUACACACGCUUCAACACAUCAACAAUAUGAAUUGCAAAUUGAGGAUGUUUAUAUUGUCAAAAGACAGGGCGAGGAUAGAAGAUAUAAACCAUUUAAAAAAUUACAAAAUCGCAAAUUAUUGUGGCACGGUUCAAGAACAACGAAUUUUGCUGGAAUAUUGUCGCAAGGUUUACGUAUCGCUCCACCUGAAGCACCUGUCACUGGCUACAUGUUCGGAAAAGGUAUCUAUUUCGCGGAUAUGGUUUCAAAAUCAGCGAAUUAUUGUUGUACAAAUAGUGCAAAUCCAACGGGUCUUCUUCUUCUUUGCGAAGUUGCUCUCGGUGAAAUGUAUGAAUGUUAUCAAUCAGAAUACGUGGAGAAACUUCCAGUGGGUAAACAUUCAACGUUUGGUCGUGGUCAAACGCAUCCGGAUCCAUCUGUUAUUCACAAAACAGAGGACGGUGUUGAAAUUCCAUAUGGUCCUGGAAUUAAUGCUGCAUUAAAGAAAAAAUCUGCUCUUCUUUACAAUGAAUACAUUGUUUACGAUGUCGCUCAAGUUAAAUCACAGUAUUUGGUCAAGACCAACUUCAAAUUCAAGUAUUAAGAAACGCAAGUUUUUUUUCGUUUUCUUUUUUCUAUAUUAAAAAACAGACCUUUCUCUUUCUAGG